CUUCUUCUAGCUACUGUUGGAAAAGUAAGAAGACAGAAAGAAUUAACGAUGAAGAUAAUCUAUCUUCUCCUUGCUAUCGGGUUGCUUUUAGCUGUAACUUACGCAGCUCCAACUGAAAACGAAUACAAUCUUAAAGAUGGAAUUUUGAACGAGUCAGACGAAGAAAACUCCCCAGAGAAAAACAUUGCGAAUGACUUAGAGGGUAACGAUGAUGAAAACUCAGAAGAAGAAAAUAAUGAUGAAAAUCCAGAAGAAGAAAAUGAUGAUGAAAAUACAGACGAAGAAAAUGAUGACGAUACUGACCCCGAACACGACUUACAAGAAAAUGAGAACGAAGAUGAACUGACAGAAGAUGAUGACGAUGUGGAAGCUGAUCCAAGUUUAGAAAAACGUUCUCCCUCUCCUGGACGUUAUCGUUCUCGCAAACGUUCUCGUUCUCGUAAACGUUAUCGUUCUCGUAAACGUUAUCGUUCUCGCAGACGUUACGGUUACCGUGGUAAACGUUACCGUGGUAAACGUUAUCGUGGUAGACGUUAUGGUGGUUCCCGUAGACGGUACAGUAGUCACCGUAGACGGUAUCGGAAGUACUACUAACGCGUUCGUAAAUAUCCUUAUCAUCGCGGAUAGAGAACUCUUUUUUAAUAAACAUUUCUUUGCUUAGUUCACUAAAGAAACAUGUAGCUUGACUUGACAUUUAAUCUUGUCUUACAUAAGUAGGAAACCGAUAAUAAAUGCAUAAUCAUUGAAA